AUGGAGUUGUCUCUCUUUACCCAGAAUAAACAAGUAUUAAUUUGUUUCAGCAGCUCUGACUCUGAAUCAGGGUCUGGUGGUGACUCUAAGAGUGAUUCUGACUCGAGUAAUAAAUCAGGGAGUGAGUCAGGGAGUCAAUCAGAUGACAAAAGUUCCAAACACAACAGUUCAAAUCAGUCCCGUAGAUCUCGUAUUAUCAGUGAUGAAUCUGAACAGGAUGAAGAAGAAGGAGAUGAAAAACCACGAAGGAAGUCGACUAAAGACAUUAAAGAGCACUGGGUUAAACAACCAGAUCUAUAUGGUAUACGAAGAUCAGGUAGACAGAGAAGAGAAGUAGACAGAUUUAACGCUGCAGAGGCUGAUAGUGAUGAUGAGGCUCCUAAAAGACGGAAAAACAGAAAGGAGUCUGACGAUUGGGCGGAGGAAUCCAGUGAAGAUAGUGGAAGCAGUUCUUCUGGAGGAUUCAAACCUGCACCAAGAAACACUCCUGGUAGACCAAGUAAGAAGGGGAGUUCAAGACAAGGGACAACUCGUCGAAAACGUAAUUUAUCAGAUUCUUCCGACGAAUACAGUGAUGACGAUGAUGAUGAUCGAAGAUUCUCCGCUCGGAGAAAUACGUCCAAAAAAGUCAGUUAUAAAGAAUCAUCAGAAGAACAGACGGAUUCUGAUGAUAUCGUAGAAGCUGCGGCUCCAACUCAAGAGGAACUGGAACAGGAGAGCAGAGAAACCAUAGAAAAGGUUUAUGAACAAAGAAAGGGCCGGAAAGGAGCUACUGGAAGUAAAACAGCAGCAUAUAAUGUUGAAGUUCAUGGAGACCCGAAUUUAGAUUUCGACCCAGAAAAAGAGGAAACGGAAAUACAGUAUUUUGUGAAAUGGAAAAAUUGGGCGAAUAUUCACAAUACGUGGGAAACCGAGGCUUCAUUGAGAGAACAAAAAGUCAAUGGAAUGAAAAAGAUAGAAAAUUUGAAAAAACGAGAAGAGGAACUGGCAGAAUGGGCUCAACACGCGUCACCAGAGGAUCAAGAGUACUAUUAUUGUCAACAGGAAAUGAUGUCAGACUUGGUCAAAAAUUAUAAAAAAGUAGAAAGAAUUAUUGCUGUUUCUCAACAAAAAUCAUCCACUGAUCAGAAUGGCUUCCCUGAUUAUUUAUGUAAAUGGGCGGGGCUACCGUAUUCCGAGUGUACCUGGGAGGACGGAGAGUUAAUAUCCCGCCAUUUUCAGAGUUUUAUAGAUGAGUUCUGUGCUCGAACAAAAUCCCAGAGUAUUCCCACCAAGCUUAGCAGGGUGUUGAAAGUCCGUCCUAAAUUUGUCUCUAUGAAGAACCAGCCUGAAUAUCUUGGUGGUAACAAUGCAUUAACCCUGCGUGAUUAUCAAUUAGAGGGGGUUAACUGGAUGAUACAUGCGUGGACCAAAGAGAACAGUGUGAUAUUGGCUGAUGAAAUGGGUUUAGGUAAAACCAUCCAGAUUAUUAGCUUCCUGUCUGUAUUAUUUAACCAGUUCCAACUCUAUGGACCGUUCUUACUGGUGGUACCACUGUCUACUAUCGUCGCCUGGCAACGAGAAUUCCAGAACUGGGCGCCAGAAAUGAAUGUUAUUAUAUAUAUUGGAGAUGUUUCUAGUCGGAACUUUAUACGAGAUUAUGAAUGGUGUCACCCCGGUAAUAAAAGGUUAAAGUUUAAUGUUAUUGUUACAACUUAUGAAAUAUUGUUAAAGGAUAAGUCGUUUUUAGGAAGUAUUAGUUGGGCGUUUUUGGGAGUGGAUGAAGCUCAUCGGUUAAAGAAUGAUGAUUCGUUGUUAUACCGGUCGUUAAAAGAUUUUAAUACGAAUCAUCGUAUAUUAAUAACUGGUACACCCUUACAGAAUUCACUGAAAGAGUUAUGGUGCUUGCUUCAUUUUAUCAUGCCUGACAAAUUUGAUGAUUGGUCUGAUUUUGAAGAGAGACAUUCCACGGCUGAUAGUUCAGGUUUUGCAGCAUUACAUAAAGAAUUAGAGCCCUAUUUAAUCAGGAGAGUGAAGAAAGAUGUAGAAAAAUCUCUACCUUCAAAAGUUGAACAAAUACUCAGGGUUGAAAUGUCUUCAUUACAAAAACAGUAUUAUAAAUGGAUAUUGACCAAGAAUUAUAAGGCACUGAAUAAAGGUGUUAAAGGAAAUAUCAGCAGUCUGUGUAAUAUUGUCAUGGAAUUAAAGAAAUGUUGCAAUCAUUCAGAAUUGAUACGAAUGCCAGAAUCAGAGGAAGAACGGUUGCAGACUAUAAUAAGAGGGAGUGGUAAAUUAUUAUUGUUGGAUAAACUUUUACGACGUUUGCGAGAUACUGGGCAUCGUGUGUUAAUAUUUUCUCAGAUGGUUCGAAUGUUAGAUUUGUUAGCUGAAUACCUUCGAUUACGGCAUUUUACAUACCAGAGGUUAGAUGGAGGUAUACGUGGUGAAAUGAGAAAACAAGCUUUAGAUCAUUUCAACGCUGAAGGUUCCCAGGAUUUUUGUUUCCUUUUAUCAACACGAGCAGGAGGAUUGGGUGUGAAUCUGGCUACAGCUGAUACGGUUAUUAUCUUUGACUCGGAUUGGAAUCCACAAAAUGAUCUCCAAGCUCAGGCCAGAGCGCAUAGAAUCGGCCAGAAAAAUCAGGUCAGUGUGUACAGGCUGGUUACCAAGAGCAGUGUAGAGGAAAACAUCAUAGAACGAGCCAAGAAAAAAAUGGUGUUAGAUCAUUUGGUGAUACAACGGAUGGACACAACUGGUCGAACUGUUUUAAACAGAGGCAAUGCUCCUUCCAGCUCUACACCUUUUAACAAGGAGGAGCUGGCAUCCAUAUUGAAAUUUGGUGCUGAAGAAUUAUUUAAAGAAAAUGAUGGUGAUGAAGAAGAACCACAGGUAGAUAUUGAUGAGAUAUUAAACCGUGCUGAGUUAAGUGAAACGGUCGCCACGUCUGUCGGAGAUGAAUUAUUGUCCCAAUUUAAAGUCGUCAGUUUUGACAAUAUGGAGAAUGAAGAAAUUGAAAGUACAGGUGGUCGAGACUGGGACCAAAUCAUCCCUGAAAAUUCCAGGAAAAAAGCAGAAGAUGAAGAAAAACAGAAACAGUUGUUAGAAUUACAUCUUCCACCACGUAGUAGAAAAACAAUACAACAGUUAAACCUAGAAGAUUCCGAUGGAGGGAAAUCUCGGAAGAAGAGGAAAGACGAUGAUUCUGAACAGAGUGAUGAUGAUGAAGAUGAGGAUGACAAACCUAAAAAACGAGGCCGGGUCUCGAGAGAUAAAUUUAAAGGUUUCACUGAUCAGGAGAUGAGAAGAUUUAUCAAAAGUUAUAAAAAAUUCUCCUGUCCAAUGAAAAGGUUAGAUGCCAUUGCCUGUGAUGCUGAGUUGAUGGAGAAGUCAGAAACAGAAUUAUUACGAUUUGCUCAAAUGUUGAAAUCUUGUUGUGAAGAUGCCAUGGAAGAUUAUAAAUCUAAAAUGGCUGAAGACCAAAGUGAGGGUAAGAAAUCAUCACGAGGACCAACAGUAAAACUCUCCAGUGUUACCGUCAACGCUCAAUCUGUUUUAAAAGCAGAACAAGAUCUCGAACCAUUAGCUGAUUUUAUACCCGAGGAUAAGGAGAAGAGAAAAAAUCUGGAGUUAGAUUGUCACGUUAAAAUGGUACACUGGGAUUGUCCGUGGGAUAAAGAAGAAGACGUUAAUUUAUUAAAAGGUUGUUACGAGUAUGGUGUCGGUAACUGGGAAGCCAUCAAAAUGGAUAAAGAUUUACACCUGGAAUUAAAAAUUUUACCUGAUGGUGAACACAAACCACAAUCGAAACAUCUCCAAACACGAGUUGAUUAUCUUCUUAAAGUUAUACGUAAAAAUUCUCAGUCUUCCGUACCAGCUAAGGAAUCCAAACCAUCGAAAGCUAAAACACCAAAGUCUGUAAAGAAAGGAAAGAAAGUGAAGUCUGCUGAAGUUGUAAAAGAUGACAUCAGUAGUUCUGAUGAUAAUAUAAUACGUGAAGACACUAACGAUAGUUUCCCUGCCAGCCCCAAAAAACAUCGGAAAGCUGAUCACGACGAGGAGACGGAAGACACGGGUAAAAAAGAGAAGAAGAAAAAGGCAAAGAAAGAUAAAAAUAAGGACAAGAAUAAAGAUAAAGAAAAUAAAAAGGUAUUGUCAAAUUAUUUACACAAGUCUUCCGGAGAUGGUCCAAAACAUUUCACUGCCUCAUCAGAACCAAUCAAUAUCUCUGAGGAAGGAGAGAUGCCGGCAGAUUUAACACAGGAGAUAUUUAGCCAGUGUAAAGAGAAAAUGAGGCCUGUAAAAAAAGCGUUGAAACAGCUGGACAAUCCAGAAGAAGGUUUAACAGAGAAAGAGCAGUUAAAUCACAUGAAAUCCUGUUUAUUAAAGAUUGGUGACAGAAUAUCCGAAUGUCUGGAGAGGAUUAGUGAUCAGGAGCGAGCCAGGUUGUGGAGGAAUUAUUUAUGGUUGUUUGUGUCAAGGUUUACAGAAUUAGAGGCCAACAAACUUCAUAAACUAUACAGAUCUGCAGUUAAAAAACGUAUUAAAAGCAAAGAAAAGGUUAGUAGAGUCUAA